AUGCAACAGUUUAAAGAUUAUAAAUUGAUCCUUCCCUGUCAUCCAAGCGCAAAUGGGGAGAGACGGGGUUUAAGCGAGGAGGAAGGAGAGGUUCUCCGCAGCUCGCUCCCACUCCUCGCUGGAGCCGAUAAGGCUGCCGCGCCCUCCCUCUCCUGUCCUGUUCCAAUGGAAGCGGCGGUGAUUGGGUCGCAGUCCCCGCUCUCCUUCCCCUCCAGCCUCUGCAAAGCAAAAGUAUCCUCUGGUUUAGCAAUCUGCAAUGUGAAGGUCAAGAAUCGCAGGCUUGAGGUAGUUUGCCAUGGGAUGUUGGCAACCAGAAAGUUUAUGCAAAGGAAAAGGAAAGAGGAAGUUUUCAAGGAUGCUGCUGAUGAGGCCGAGCAGAAGAAUUGGAGGAGAAUGAUGAGGGAGAUAGAGGAGAAAGGUUCAGCUGUGUCCAUUCUGAAGACUCAGCGAAGCGGGAAAGAACCACUUCCAAGAGAUGUUAUUCUUGGGACUCUGGUGCGGUUCAAACAAUUGAAAAAAUGGAAUAUUGUCAGCGAGAUUCUCGAAUGGCUCAGAACACAGCAUUGGUGGGACUUCACUGAGAUGGACUUCUUGAUGCUUGUGACAGCUUAUGGAAAGCUGGGAGAUUUUAGCAGGGCAGAAAGAGUCCUAAAGUACAUGAACAAGAAAGGUUACCGGCCCAGCGUGAUAUCUCAGACUGGUCUAAUGGAGGCCUAUGGAAGAGGCAAGCAGUACCGUAAGGCUGAAGCAGUAUUCCGUAGGAUGCAGACAUCAGGCCCUGAACCAUCACCUGUGACAUAUCAAAUCAUUUUGAAAUCUUUAGUUGAGGGUGACAAAUAUAAGGAAGCUGAAACUAUAUUUGAGGACCUUCUUAAUGAAAAAAGAGCUUCUUUUAAGCCAGACCAGAAGAUGUUUCAUAUGAUGAUCUACAUGUACAGGAAAUCUGGUGAUUAUGCCCAGGCUCGUAAGCUAUUUGCACAGAUGUCCGAGAGAGGAAUUCCACUAUCUACAGUCACUUUUAAUAGUUUGAUGUCAUUUGAAACAGAUUACAAGGAAGUUUCAAGUAUUUAUGAUCAGAUGCAAAGAGCUGGGCUGAAACCAGAUGUUGUGAGCUAUUCCCUGCUCAUCAAAGCUUAUGGGAAAGCCAGGAGGGAAGAAGAAGCAUUGGCGGUUUUUGAAGAGAUGCUUGAUGCUGGAGUCAGGCCGACACGCAAAUCAUAUAACAUUUUGCUUGAUGCAUUUGCAAUAUCUGGAUUGGUAGAUGAGGCUAAUACAGUUUUCAAGGCCAUGAGAAGACAUAGGGUUGAGCCUGAUCUUUGCUCUUAUACAACUAUGGUCUUAGCUUAUGUAAAUGCUUCUGACAUGAAUGGAGCUGAGAAAUUCUUUCGUAGAAUUAAAGAUGAUGGUUUGAAGCCCAAUGUUGUGGUUUAUGGAACUCUGAUGAAAGGCUAUUCAAAGUUAAAUAAUGUUGAGAAAGUUAUGCGGGUGUAUGAGAGAAUGAGGAUCCAGGGUGUUGAACCCAACCAGACCAUCUAUACUACUAUCAUGGAUGUACAUGGCAGGAACUCAGAUUUUGGAAAUGCGGUCAUUUGGUUCAAAGAAAUGGAAGCUCGUGGAUACCCACCAGACCAGAAAGCAAAAAAUAUCCUACUUUCCCUUGCCAAAACACCAGAAGAACAACAAGAAGCUAAUGAAUCAGUAGGUAAUGGUGCAAUUCAGCUGGAAGUGAAACCUGAUAACGAAGAGGUGGAUGGUGCUGGUGAGCAUGAAAUUACACAGAAUGAUUCUGGAAAUCAGCAUUUGUUAGAUGACACACGUGCAAGAAACCAUGUAAAUGGUAGGAUCAGGGCUGGUAAUUAUGCUUUUGAUGAGGAGGAUGACGAUGACGACGAUGAUGAUUAUGAGGAAGAGGAUGAUGAAGAGUUUAAUUUUGUUUCUUUGAAAGAUAAGAGAGAACUAAAUUUUGCAAGUUGAUGUCAUAAAUCUUGGUGUAUAUUUUUUCCACAGAACUCAUGAUCACAUGAUGGCAUUUCAUAUACAAAGGGACUAACUUGAAAUGUUAAUGGAGCUUGUCUCAAACCCUGAA